ACUAAAUGAGCUUAUCAGCUGCUGUAUGCGCUGUGAGCAGUAUUGCAAGCAGUAUUCCUUGCUGUGAGCUGUGACACCAGUAAGUGGUAGUACUGAUUGUACUUAUUCCUUCAUUCGAUUCUUGUAUGGGUUUUUGUGCAUACCCUAUGCGGGAUUAGAACUGUUUUCUAGUAGUUUAGCACGCGGUGAUUCCCACCAAAACCGUUUGUAUUGGCAUGCACAUGGAACUAUAUCGGCAUGCACAUGGAACAAAUCAUACGGUUGUCUUCAUGGCAGGAUAACAAGGUACUUAUAUUCAUGUCGGUAUAACUUGCUAUGCAUUGCUGCAUUGGUGUGUAUUACGGGACGCGGCAGCGGGCUCAAGGGGUUCACGAAAACCACAAAACAGUAUACUCGCACUGCAGCUUGCUAUACAGCUUGCACUGAAGCUUGCUGUACAGCUUGCACUGAAGCUUGCUUGCUCCCUGCACUAAUUCAAUACUGCUCCUAAUUCAACCAUACGAGUUAAACAAUGCUUAAGAAAACCAACCAUUUAUUCACUGGACCAUGAGGGACUGGACAAUGAGGGGAGGCGUGGUGUCGAACAGUAAGUGUGUCGAAUGAGGGGAGGCGUGGUGAGGGGAGGCGUGGUGUUGAACGGUAAGUGUCGAACGGUAAGUGUCGAACGGUAAGUGUGUCGACGGUCGACUGCGGAUGUCAACUAUACUAAUUCAUUUGCUAACUACAUUCAUUUCCUAAUUACAUUCCUUUCUAAACAACUAAACGGUGAACAAGAACUAAACGAUCGACCAUGGGAUUCACCCAAAGAUGUCAUUCCCAUGGGGGGAUAUGUCCCGUCCUAAAUGGAAGAAACCCCCCGCAAGAUCGUUCUUCUUGUACGGUUCUUCCGGAUCAGUUGCUGCUGGCGUCCUCAUGAAGGUCGACAGGAUCUGGUUGUGUCCUACUGUGCUGCAUUGGUAGUUGUAGAGGUUGACCAACAAGUUCAUGAUAAUCUUCCUGUCUCCAAGCUCCUCCAAGAACAUCCUGUCCUUGAUUCUUGGAAACUGUCCUUGAAUCAUCCUCAUWCCCCACUCCGACAUCUGCCUCAGGGACCUUGCAUCCCUAUUGAUCAGGAGAAGAUCUUCCUGUUUGGGAUCCUGCUGUGAGCUUUUGAUGAGGAUAUGCUCCUUUUCUUUCAAGGCAAAGGCUGAAUCCACCACAACCUUUGCAUUGGACUGGCCGUGGACCUCUUCAAUCCUGUCAUAGACGCCAUGGUCGGCAAUGGCGCUGUCAUGCCACGCGCCUGGACARUUGAAGACUGCAAUCCUGAUUCUACCAUCCGGUGCAAAGACAAACACACUGUUGACAAAGGUGUUCUCCUUCCAGGCAUUGUAGAAUGCUCUUUGUUUAAACCAGUCUUCUGAAGCUUCAAUGGCACUCUUGAGACCAUCAGCAGUGGCCCAGACCCUUUUUUCACCAAGCCUUGGAUACUUCUCUCCAAUUGCAUUAACAUAAGCAUUGACUUCUUCCUCUGUUGGGACAUUCACCAUGGCCUCUGGAUCCUUGUGAAGAGCAACAAGCAUCACUCUCCUUGAAAACUUGAGCCACUUAUACAUCACUGUGGAUGUUAAGCCAAAGGCCAUUGCCAUCGACCUUGCAACAGAUCCUCUUGUCCUGUACCAGUAAAGGACAAGCCCUAUUGCACAGACUGCAUCAACCUCUCUCUUUUUCCCCACGGGCUUUCCGCUGGGGAAACAAGGAACUUCCACUAUUUCAUUGGUGUCCCUGUCGACAGUAUACUUGUUCCAUAGUGGAGCAAACAAAUCAACAAGCUCCCUGAAGACCUUGUGGUCGACACCACAGCAGUUUAGGAGAGCUUGGUCAUCCCCUGAGUGGAACAAGUACAGGAAAGGGGAAUUAGUGUAUCUCCUGAUUGCAAUCCUUGGGGUUCUCCUGUCUCUCUUACGACGCUCCUCAGGAGACAGCUUUUGCUUGUAACUUUGGUUAUUCAGGUGGAUAUACCAGUACAUCGUGAUCACUUCCACUAUUCCCAUUGUAAAUGCGUUCGAUGAAACCUUCCUUCUUGCUGGGAGGAAACUGUUGUCUUUUAGUGUGUUUGUCGGCUUGUCGGCUUGUUGAUACUAGUAGCAACUAGUAGCGUGAGAAAUGAACAUAUUUUCUGAUGAAAAGAAAAUAAUGUGAACAGAAAAUGUGUUCAUUUCUUACUCUAUUGCUGGUGUUGAAUAUCGAAAUUUGCAUGUUGUUCUUACUCUAUUGUUGAAUAUCGAAAUUUUCAUGUUUUACUAUGAACCAUGGCGCGCGUUUCAGUCUUUUUAGUCUUUACGUUGAAAAAUACUUAAGAUUCCAAAUUCCCUUACAAACUGGCAUCGAGCUGGCAUCCUCUCAGUCUGUCCGUUGAUUGUCUUGAUUCCCGUUACUCCAGAUCCCUAGAUUUAGAGUUUUAGAGAUCUAGAGCAACGGGAAUGACCCAUUAUGAAAUUAACGAUGGGAACCACUUUCUUUCUUUGUACCGCGAGUUAUGACAUCAGGACAUCAUUCCUCGGUAACACCACACUCGCACUCUUGACGCCCAGAAUAUAACGUAUGCGCAUCCUACUUCUCUCCCUGAUUCUCCAGCAAGUACUCACUCGCUUACCGAUGCUAUACGGGCUUACUGCUGCGUUGCCAUCACGGUUAUUUUCAUCUUCUUCUUCUUCUUCGCCGCGGUUCUAUUCGUCUCUGUCUCCGGUGGCGAAAACAGUAUCGAAUCCGUUCUUGCGUUCGCAUUCCUGUUCGCACUCGGGCAUCCACUCUCGCUUUCCGUUAUCUGCAAGCUCAGCAAAAGGCCAAAGAAUUGUCAGGAACAUGUCUUCUUCGUCGGAAACAACCACCACGACGACAACAACAUCCCGGUACUGGAACCGGGAGGCAUUCGCUUCGUCGUCGUCCCCCUCCUCCUUCGAGGAACAAGCUCCCGUCCGAGAGGCCCGCAUCGUCUCGCUGUCUUUUCCCGGCGAUCCCAACAACGCCCCCCUCGAGAGCGAGACCUCGUCCCAGCUGCCCCCCGGGGCGCGCCUGCUCCAGGUUGGCGGAACACUCGCCGAUCUCGACCUCGAGGCCCUCCGGAAAGAACAAGCCAACGUGGCCUUUGUGAGCCCCGGGGUCACCCGUGAAACCCUCGCUGGCCUGAUUGAAGGUAUUCCCUCGCUGGAAUGGAUCCAUUGCCGAUCGGCGGGAAUCGACGUCCUGACGUCGGAGACCCUUUCGAACUCGCCGGACGAGCUGGUCAUGACCAACGCCAAGGGCGCCUUUUCGUCGACCCUGGCGGAGUACACCAUGCUGGCCAUUUCCUACUUUGCCAAGGACCUCCCCCGGCUCCUCCGAAACAAGAGGGAGGGGAACUGGGAAAAGUACAGCGUCCUCGAAAUCCGUGGCGCCACGCUGGGCAUCGUCGGAUACGGGGACAUCGGGCGUGCCGCGGCCAGGCUUGCCAAGGCCUACGGGAUGAGGGUCGUGGCGCUCCGACGCAACGUUCCGGCACCGGAGGCCAUCGCCGCCGAUCCCCUCUGUGAUGCCGUCUACGGCGACGGCAGCGAGAACCUGAACCGCCUGUUCGGCGAGUCGGACUACGUGCUGUGCAGCCUGCCGCUGACGGAGGCCACCCACAAGAUGAUCGGAAAGGACCAGUUCGACCACGCGAAAAAAGAGGGCUGCGUCUUCAUCAACGUUGGGCGGGGUCCCAUCGUCGACGAGGAAGCCCUCGUUGAGGCCCUCAAGGACGGCAGGCUCAAGGGGGCUGGUCUAGACGUCUUUACCAAGGAGCCCCUCGACGAAGACAGCGAGUUGUGGAAUCUCGACAAUGUGCUGCUGAGUCCGUGAGUGUGAUGUGCAAACUUAGAAACAGAGCGAACCGAUGCUGUGAUGUUGACGAUCUCGUCGCUCAUACUGUUUUUUUCUCCUUUGCAAACUCGCCGUGCUGUUGUGCAAACUACGACGAAAUGCUACUGAAAAAUAUCCAUAGACACAACAUGGACCAGACCGCUACGUUCAUGUUAGAAAGCACGCAGUUCUUUGUGAAUGAAAAUCUACCGAGAUUUAUUUGCGGUCAAGCACUGCUAAAUCCAGUCGACAAGAAGGCUGGAUACUAAACAGGUCUAGUCUGAAACAGCUGCCGUUCGUGCUCGUUCAUGUAGUGAAACGUAACAAUUAG